GUUGAUCCAGUAAUAUGUCAAAAAAAUGGAAAAACCUAAAGGACACGUUUCGCAAAAAGUUUAAAGAAGAGAAAAAGUAUGUACCCAGUGGUAGUGGUGUGCAAAAAACACAAGAACCCUGGAAAUAUUAUCAGUGUCUUCAGUUUCUUAUUCCUGCAGUGGACAUUCGAAGCACAAGUAGUAAUCUCGGAACCAUUAAAACUACACUAUCCACUCCAUUACCGUCUAUAGCCAAAGAGAUAUCACCAUUCGGAUCACCCUGUAACAACCAAUCAGAAACUUCAUCAUCAGAAACAUUUUCACGUAAAAGUAAACGAUCACGCAAUAAUUCCAUCUCGUCAGGAAGCCAAUCUUCUAGUGUGGUUAAUGAUCUUUUGAUGAAAGAAAUAUCAAAACCAGUUGAAGAGGAAGAAGCUUUCUGUCAGUUUUUACUCGCACGCAUGAAGAAACUCGAUAGGAAACGUUAUAUAAAAUUAACGCAUGCCAUAAUAAUAGAAGUGAUGAAAGUUGAACUAGAAGAAUUGUAGAUUAAAGAAAGAGGAAGAACUAUGGACAGAGAUAAAAUAAAACGUUGUUUUUAUACGAUAA